CCCCAACGCGGUCACGGUCGACUUGAAAUUACACCCGCAACCCUCGCUCGCUACGUACAAUUUUGCUUACUACACAGCUUAACGACACACUAUUCGAUAGACUGCCGUCAUGUCGGAACGAAAAGUGCUCACCAAGUACUACCCCCCAGACUUCGAUCCCUCCAAGAUCACCCGCCAGCGCGGUCCCAAAAAUGCCGGCCCCAAGCUUAUGACCGUCCGCCUGAUGGCACCCUUCUCUAUGAAAUGCACUCACUGCGGCGAGUUCAUCUACAAGGGCCGCAAGUUCAAUGCGCGGAAGGAGACGACGGACGAGAAGUACUAUAAAAUCGCCAUCUUCCGCUUCUAUAUAAGAUGCACACGAUGCUCCGGCGAGAUCACGUUCAAGACGGACCCGAAGAACAUGGACUACGAGUGCGAGCGGGGCGCAAAGCGAAACUUUGAGCCGUGGAGGGAGGCCAAGCUCAACGAGGAGACCGAGGAGGAGCGUCUGGACAGGAUAGAGAAAGAAGAGGCGGAGCGCGAUGCAAUGAAGGAGCUUGAGACAAAGGUGCUAGACGCCAAAACUGAAAUGGCCAUCGCGGAUGCCCUAGACGAGAUUCGGUCGAGAAAUGCACGGAUAGAAAAAGCAGACAGAGACGGGACGACGACGACAGAUGCUGGACCAGAUCCUGUCGAUGACAGGCGGAAGCGACAGGAAAAGGAAGAUGCCGAGGCGGCACGACAGGCAUUUACGAAUCGAAGCAUGCCGGACAUUGGCGAAGAGAUCAUCGAGGAAGACAUGAUCGAUGUGCCCAUUGAGCACGUCGUCACCACCUUCAGCAAGAAGCCAAAAGAGAAGAAGGACUUUGGCGCUGCCCUCGGCAUCAAGAAGAAGCCCUCCCCACCCGCAUCUGGACCACAAGUCAAGGCACCUGCACCGCCGUCGAAACUAUCGACGAUGCUCGUGGCGGGCUACGACAGCGACGACGAUUGAUUAGCAGCGUUCAGGUGCGAGCAUUUGAGGCGCACUACGAUACCAAUACCAGAUUGUACCUACUUCAGCUAGUCCAUGGCUACUUUUCAGCUCAUAAUAUACAUGUCACGCCCGUCACGGGCUCGAACUUCUUCAAGCUCACCCGUGUAGUCACGAAUUUGCCCGAAAUGCCGGUCGUCAAGACCAAGUACCGGCGAUCCCUGUCGCGCCGGAGAAAUAGUCUCCACCUUAUGUGCAACGUCAAUCUAACCCCACAAUCACAC